AUGUCGACCAAAGUUGCAGUUGCCGGAGGGACAGGAAACCUUGGACCUCAAGUCGUCAACGCCCUGUUGGCAGCGAACUAUUCCGUGACCGUACUCACCCGAACGGGCAGUUCCAGCACGUCGAAGCUUCCCAAGAGUCCCCAGCUAAAGGUGGCUGAAGUAGACUACUCCUCGGUGGCAUCUCUGUCCGAGGUCUUGCAAGGCCAGGACGUGGUCGUGUCGACGUUGGGGUCCGCAGUCAUUGGCGGCCAAAAGCCACUUAUCGACGCCGCAGUGGCCGCCGGGGUCAAGCGAUUCAUCCCGUCGGAAUUUGGAAGCGACACCACCCACCCCAAGUCGUCUCAGUUGCCGGUGUACAAGGGCAAAGUCGAAACGCAACAAUACCUCAAGGCCAAAGCAGCGGAAAAUCCCGGCUUCACUUACACCUUGGUCAUCAACGGCGCGUUCCUCUCCUGGGGCAUCCAGGUGGGCUUCCUUGUCAACAUUCAGAGUCACUCCGCCACGGUCUGGAAUGGCGGCGACGUGCCCUUUGCCGCCACCAAUCUCGAAACCAUCGGCAAGGCCGUGGUCGGUGUGAUCCAACACCUCCCGGAGACGGCGAACCGCGCCGUCUACGUGCAGGAGGCGCUCAUCACCCAAAACCAACUGAUCAAGUAUGUCAAGGAGAUUGACGGCGUCGAAUGGCAGAUCACGCCGAAAGAAACGGCCAAGGCGUACGAAGAAGCUUCCGCCGAGCUGGCCAAGGGCCCAGAUGGGAACAUCGGAGCCGCCAUGUUGGGCUAUCUCAUGAGCGCCAUCUUCGACGCCAGCUACGGGCCGGACUUUUCGUCCCAUCUCGACAAUGAACUGUUGGGUAUAAAGCCGUAUACUGAGGAUGACGUGAAGCAACUGGUCAAGGGGCUGGUUGGAUCAACUUAG